CUUUUUUUUUUUUUUCUCUCUCCCAUGGAAUUCCCGAUUUCAUUGAAUUUCUGAGGAAUACCUCCACCAUUCCAUCUAAUAAUUUCUGUAACUCCAACUCGGGUGUUCCUUUCUUCUUCUGCGAACCGGAUGGCAAGCGUAUCGUUGGCAUCAACUCUCUCGUUGACUCCAUUCCAUAAUAUCGUUGGAACCAGAUUCCGAAUCUCCCCACCUCGUAAAUUUCAAGUCUUUUGCCAAUCCAAGACAGAGGAGUUGAAGAUAAGAAAAUGCUCUCCUUUGCUAGAAAAGGCGCAUCUUUCAAGUAAUGUUGCAUUGGUUUCUGAAGAAUUGAAAGCAGUUCCUGACAUUUGGAGGUUUUCAGCUGAAAAGUUUGGUCCUCGGAUAGCAGUGAUAGAUCCAUACCAUGAUCCGCCGUCAACGAUGACUUAUAAACAGCUAGAGCAGGCAAUUUUGGACUUUGCUGAAGGCUUAAGAGUUAUUGGAAUAAAGCCAGGCGAGAAGCUUUCACUCUUUGCCGACAAUUCGUGCAGGUGGCUUGUUGCAGAUCAAGGUAUGAUGGCAACAGGUGCUAUUAAUGUUGUCAGAGGAUCAAGGUCACCUUCAGAAGAGCUUUUACAAAUAUACAAUCACUCAGAUAGUGUUGCAAUUGCUAUAGACAACCCUGAUUUUUUCAAUCGGAUAGCAGAAAAAUUCUGUUCCAGAGCAUUGAUGAGAUUUGUUGUUCUGCUUUGGGGGGAGAAAUCAUGCCUAGCCACUGAAGGGAUGGAGGGUAUACCUAUUUUUAGUUACAAGGAGAUCCUAGAUCUGGGAAGAGAGAGCCGUGAGGCUCUUUGCAGUUCUGAAGAUGCUAGACAACAGUAUAUAUAUGAAACCAUUAGCUCAGAUGACAUUGCCACUGUUGUGUAUACAAGUGGAACCACAGGGAACCCAAAAGGUGUUAUGCUUACUCAUGAAAAUCUACUGCACCAGGUUAACUGCUUGCUUAUUGCUUCUUUGUUGUUUUAGUUUUGGAAACUCCCCAGUCCACAAUAACAAUGUUUAAAUUCAAAAGAAAUCAUUAUCAUCUCAUUUCAUUUAAUUUAUGUAUAUUUUACUGUGGAAUGGAGCAAAUAGUUUCAUAGAAAAUAUGUCAGUAGUAUUUUCUUUCUUGACUUCUGCUGCUGCCACUGCAGACAUUUGACUAUUUCUAGUCAACUGCCAUUCUAUUCAGCCCCAGACCAUCAAAGAGAUUAUUACUAAAUAGAGCAUAAAUCAAGCUCAUUAUUAAAGCAGUGACUUGAGAAUUGCCAUGCACACUUGUUCUUAGACCAAAAGAGCUCAUGUUAGGUGCUUCAUCAUUUUUUAUAAUAUAUACCAUGUACUGAAGGACUUUUGAAGAAGAACUUGAAAUGCCCAGUUCCCUUUAUUGUAGUUGUCUUUUCUUUUAACUGACCUUUAUGACAUAAUGUCCUUUAAAAGAUGAUUCUUUAGCAAAAUAAAAAUUCUUCUAUGUAUUGUUUACUUGCUGUUUCUUUGCAUUUCAUUUGCUAAGUUGUUGAAGUUGUGUUCUAUGUUGCUUUCUUUUUUGGAGAGAGCCUUCUAAUACAUUUUUCCUUUACAU